AUGCGGCGUCAGCAACUCGGUCUAGCGGUCCUUGGACUUUCAGGCCCGGCCUUGGCCGGUUGGCUGGGGUGGGAUGGGCUCUGUGAUGCCGGCAUCUACGCUCAGUACAGUGCACUGGCUAGUUACGAGCCAGCCGUGCAGUAUUGCGCUGACCGCUUCCCUGAGCCGACAGUUACUAUGACCAUCACGGCGUCGAGCCAGUUUGGCUGGUUUCAUAAGCGGUCGUGGGCUCCAUCGAAUCCGCUCACCUCGCUGCUGCAGCAAUUGGAGAAACUACCACUAGAUGAGCAGGAGACUGCCUGUUCGUGCAUCGAGGUCCCCCAAACCGUCACGGUUACGGUUGAGCCCACUUGGAAGACCAAGACUUCAAAAGGUGUCUCGACGACUCCUGCCACGGUCCCUACUACGACAGCAAGUAGCACCAAUACCAUAUCGUCUACGUCUGCAUCUCCUACAACGGUCACGACCAGUUCUCCCAUAAGCACUUCCACCACCAUUCCUAUAAUCACAACUACAACGAAUACUCCUACCACCACCACCACCACCACCACCACCAGUACAACUACCAGUACAACCACGACUACGACUACGACAACAACCACAACCACAACCACAACCACAACAGGCUUCACCGCCUGCCCGACCGACGAGCCCAUAGUCGCCGGUUCCGGCUGCGGCCAGUGCCAGUGGACCGUGUACUGCGGCCAACAGCUGACGGCUACCGACUCGAACCCGAACUGGGACAUCAUUCCGCAGCCCAGCUACGAGGCUUGCCUGGAAGAGUGCGACAACAACGGCUUCUGCGACGCCUUUACCUACAAUGACGCGACCGGCGAGUGCCGCCAGUUCCUGUACUCGGAUGAGGUCGCCUUGGCCCCUGCCCCGGGCUUCGAUAGCGGCGCCUACGUCGCUGGUACAUGCGGCCCUACCGACUGCGCGGCUUACGAGUGCCCGAGUCCGAACGAGAAUUGUGCACAGGCGUCAUAG